AUGGAACACUUCCAACAUACCGCCCACAUCGGAACCCACUCCUUGAGCUACGCAUUGCGAGGUAUUCCUCGGCAGCCCGGCGCUCCGCUUGUGGUGGUUCUUACCGGGAUCAUCAGCAGCGCGCUAGAAUGGAGCGCGGUGUGUCGACAUCUCGAGAAUGAGGCAUCCGUGCUGCUGUAUGAGCGGACUGGCUACGGUCAGAGCGAAGCAUCCCCUACCGCCGAGCCGGACUCACUAACAAUUGUGGAUGAGCUGUCUCGGCUACUCGCCACCGCAGCCCUGCCACCCCCGUACCUUGUGGUCGGUCAUUCCUGGGGCGGAAUUCUCGCGCGGGAGUUUCUUGCCGCCCGCGGGCCCGAGGUGAUCUGCGGGAUGGUGCUGGUGGAUGCCGUACAGGAGCGGAUGCUCUUCGAGACAUGGCCCGAUCCCUGUAUCGCAGCUGUCACGGCGGGGCUGGAUUAUAUGGAAGUCGUCGGGCUGACCCGCGAUUAUCGACUGACGGAGGUCGAGUGGGCAGAGCUUAUGGCGGAGGAAGCUAGCCCACACCACACGCAACAGGCCACCCGCGAGCUGCCCUAUCUGCAGAUCAGCCGCGCCGUCCUAGCCAAGAAACAGCAACUCCUCCCUGGGCGAGACCCCCUCCGCGGCCAGCCGCUCAGUGUGCUCCGGGGAAACUCGCAUCAGGACCAGGAGCGGAUGUACCACCGGGGCGUGGCAGAAGGGUUGGGGACUGAAGCCGAGCGAGCGGCCUUUCGUCACUACCUAGAGCGCUGGGACGCUAGUGAGGAGGCCUUUCAGCGCGAACUCCUGAAUCUGUCGAGUAACGCGCGCUUCUCCACCACGACUCAAAGUGGCCAUAAUAUUCAGAUCACAGAGCCAGAACGCGUCGCUGAUGAGAUACACUGGGUCCUACAGAGAGCUUCAGCCGUUUCCAGAAAAUCGCCAUCUGAUCAUCAACUAGCGACCUAA